AUGGCAGAUUUGGUACUAUAUCCUGUUUUACAGGUGAUCCUUGAAAAGUUAGCCACUCCAUAUGUGCAGAAGUUCCAUGAUCUCUACCAUUUGAAGGAAAACAUAGAAAAACUGCAGAAUUCACUACCAACUGCUAGAGCUUUUCUUGAUGAUGCACAGAAGCGACAAGAAACGGAUCAACAUGUUGAAAACUGGUUGGUGAAGCUCAAGGACAUAGCUUAUCAGUUGGAGAACUUACUGGAUGAAUUUACUGCAGAAAGUGUAAUGUGCGAGCAUCGCAGUGGAAAAGGCAAACAGGUAAGCAGUCUAUUUCUACCUUUUGAACCAUCAAAGCAUCUUUUUGACCUUGCAAAAAUGCUACCAAAAAAACUUAAGGAACUAGAUGAGAUUGCAAAGCAAGGCUUUAGCUUAAAUCUUAGAGCAACAACUACAGAAAGACGAGCUGACGAUUAUGACAGAACAAAAGUAACUGGAUCGUUUGUGAUAACAUCAAAAAUAUGUGGAAGAGAUGAUGAUAAAAAGAAGCUUUUAGAGCUUUUGUUGACUGCAUGUGAUGGCAAAACUGGUGGGGUUCUUUCUAUCAUCCCAAUUGUAGGUAUUGGAGGACUUGGCAAAACUACUCUAGCUCAACUAGUCUAUAAUGAUGAAAAGGUCGUUCAUUUCUUUGACAUAAAAAUAUGGGUUUAUGUGUCUAGGGAUUUUGAUGUAAGUAAACUCAUGUUAAGCAUCAUACAGUCUGCAACAAAAAGGAAGUGUGAACUCUUGGAGAUGGAUCUACUUCAAGCUCAUUUUCAAGAUUCAUUGGGUGGAAAGAGAUUCUUGAUUGUUUUGGAUGAUGUAUGGAAUGAAGACCAAGAAGAGUGGGAUAAGCUGGGCGACUUAUUGCAAAGUGGUGGAGCAGGAAGUAGAAUCAUUGUCACUACACGGAGUACCAAGGUUGCGUCAAUAGUGGGAACUACUUCCCCUUAUUGUCUCCAAGGCUUGACUGAAGAUGAUUGUUGGGUUUUGUUCAAGCAACGAGCUUUCAGCCAGGAAGAAGAAGCUGAGCAUCCUAAUCUAUUGGAGAUUGGAAAACAGAUCAUCAAGAAAUGUGGAGGUGUGCCUUUGGCAGCAAAAACACUGGGAAGUUUGUUGCGCUUCAAACGAGAAAGAGAAGAUUGGAUGUUUGUGCAAGAGAGUGAACUUUGGAAACUUGAGAAUUGUAACAGUGGCAUACUGCCAGCUCUUCGGUUGAGCUACUUACAGUUGCCUCUACACCUCAAGCGAUGCUUUGCAUUCUGUUCAUUGUAUCCAAAAAAUUAUGAAAUUCAUAAGGAAAAGAUGAUCCACAUAUGGAUUGCUGAAGGCUUGAUAACAUGUCAUGAGAGGAACAGGCAGUUGGAAGACAUAGGCAACAAGUAUUUUAAUGACUUGUUGUGUUUAUCAUUCUUCCAGGAAGUCAAGAAAUUUGAUGAGACGGAUCUAGCAGUAUACAAAAUGCACGAUCUCAUCCAUGAUCUUGCUCGAAGUGUGGGGAGUCAGGACUUCGUGAUAUUGGGACAUGACUUUGCUCAAGGUAACAUGUCACGGGUUCAUCACCUGUCAAUCCUUUUCCAUUCAGAUCCCACUUCACUUCCAAAGGAAUUGUAUGGUGCCAAACAUCUUCGAACACUCCAAUUCCUGUUUUGCACCGGAGACAUUCCUUCUUCUUUUCCUCUGAACUUUAAAUACUUGCGAGUCCUUGAUUUAAGUGGUUGUGUGAAGAAGGUGCACGAGUCAAUUAGUGAUUUGAUAUGUUUGAGAUACCUUGAUCUCUCCAGAACCUCUAUUCAAACACUCCCUCAUACUAUUUGCAACCUUUUUAAUCUGCAAACCCUGAACCUCUCAUUUUGUGGUAACCUAAUGGAGUUACCUUUUGGAUUGGCUAAUAUAACUGGCUUAAGGCACCUUAACAUAGUGGGAUGUAAUGGACUGACUCGUCUCCCUGCUGGUCUGGGAAAUUUGGUUCAGCUUCAAACUUUGCCUUUAUACAUUGUGGGCAAAGGGAUUGGAGAAAGCAUCUCUGAAAUCAGUUCUCCCCAUAUAAGAGGUGAAUUGAGUAUAAGGGGCCUGGAGAACAUCAGAGACAAAGAAGAAGCUACACUGGCUAAUCUGAGGGCGAAGAAAUAUGUUGAAUUGUUAAGACUCCAAUGGGGAAGCGAGAACAUAGUGAGGAUGUCAACAGGGUCUACUUCAUACGAGGUUUGCAGAGAAGUUGAUGGUACAUCAAGAUCACUAUCAAGGGAUAAUGACAAUGUUGUGGAGGGGAUCAUUGAGUGUCUUCAGCCACAUGUAAAUCUCAAAAAACUAUAUAUCAAGGGAUAUCCUGGAUUCAGAUUUCCAGAUUGGGACCUCCCUAAUCUAGUUCUGAUUGCUUUGAUCAAUUGCAGGGGAUGUGAUACUUUACCUACCUUUGGGAAGCUUCCGUUUCUCAAAACACUUUAUCUACAAGGGAUGGAUGGAGUUACACAUAUUGGUGAAGAAUUUUAUGGAGGCGAACCCCUCAAAUUCCCAUCCCUGGAAGACCUAACAAUCAAGGAUCUUCCCUGCUUAAAAGAAUGGUCUUGCAUAGAGAACGGAGCAGCAGUACUUCCUCGCCUGCAAAAGUUAGUUGUAGAUAAAUGUCCUAAUCUUAUCUCUGCUCCAACAUUUCAAUCUCUUCUUCAUUUGGAGCUCCAUGAUUGCCAUCCAAAGAUCUUGGAGUCUGUGGAUAACAUGUCUUCACUCUCCAAUCUUGUGAUUGAUGCGCUUCAAGGUUUAGUGCACCUUUCAGGGAAAUUGCUGGAGAAUAACAAAUCGCUGGAGACUGUGGAAAUACUUUCAUGCAAAAAUUUCAUUUCUCUUCCUCAAGAGAUAGAACAUCUCACUUAUCUGAAGUCACUGACCAUUAGCUACUGUGAAAAACUAACCCAUUUGCCAACAGGAAUCCGAAAGCUGCAAGCUUUGGAGUUUCUUGAGAUCAACGGGUGCCACAGCUUAGAGUCAUUGCCAUCAGAGGAAUUUGCAGGUUUCAAUUCCCUAAAGAGCUUGUCAAUUGAGAAUUGCAGCAACCUAAUUUAUCUUUCAAGUGGGUUCCUCCAUCUCACAGUCUUAGAACAGCUCUCCAUCAUGGGUUGCCCUCGGUUAACUUUAUCUAGAGAUAGUUUCCAGAAUCUCUCAUCUCUACGGAGCUUGAGUAUUAUCUCCUGCCCUGAAUUAUACCCAUUGCCAGUUAGCCUUCAACAUGUCACUACAUUGCAAAGUCUGGUAAUCCAUAGCAGUCCUCAUCUCACAGAUCUUCCUGACUGGCUUGCUAAACUUUCCUCUCUUAGAUCUCUUGCAAUUUCAAAUUGCGAACAUUUGAUAUCUUUGCCAGAAGGAAUGAAGUACCUCAAUGCUCUUCAGCAUUUGUCAAUUCAAGACUGUCCUCAUCUUGAAAGGCUUUGCAAGAAAAAAGGAGCUAAUGCUGUCUUUGCUGGUUGGUUCAUCACAGUUUUAACACGCCUCUCUACGGUUUCGAAGCAAGCUUAUAGUAAUGGAAUUGACAUGUGGCUCUCAUAUUGA